AGAAAAACAAAAGAACAGGCUCCAUAUUUAAUUCAAACCAACACCACAUGCACUAGAAAACAGAAUGGAAAGAGAUGAAUGCUUCUGUUUCCUCUGCUCUUGCUGCCUCCUCAACUACUUCCCUUGCCACUCCUGGUAGCUUUCACCGCCAAUGCUGCCGAAGUAGUAAUCGUUUUAUCUUCACCUGCAGGCCUUUUACAUCCUCUCUUCGCCACCCCUUUAUACUGAGAGUAAGAAAUGAUUCUAGUAGGACUGAACUGUCUCCAGCUGAGCCAGCCAAUGAAAGUUCUGAAGCUGAUAGGAUAGUUAAUGGAAUGGACUUUGGUGAGCUUUGCAAUGAGUUCGAGUGCAUUAGUAGCCCACUGGUGGAAUCGACAGCCAGACAGCUUGUACGUGAUAUCCUCCAACUACGUGAAGGCAAUCGUGCCCUUGGAACCUUCGCAGUUUCUGUCAAAUAUAAGGAUCCAGUCAGAAGUUUUACUGGUCGUGAGAAAUACAAGAGACCACUCUGGGCAACUGGUGCUCUAGAUAACCCUUCUGUGACUGUACAAGAAAUGAUAAUGCUGUCAACAAGUAUCCUGAGUAUCAAGUGGACAAUAACAGGAAAGCCCAAAUCUUUUAUUGCUGGUGUGGGGGGAGAUUUGAUAGUUAAAGUGCAUUCCAAAUUCACUUUAAACCAGAUCAGUGGCCAAGUGAUUGAGCACGAAGAGUUCUGGGAUUUGUCAGCCUCUUCAGUUAUUGGUCAGGCUUUUUUCUGGACUUCUCGUAGAUUAUUUGCUACAAUUGAAAAUGGAAAGGAUUUAUCUGAUCUUGUGAAAAGCUUGACAAACCGUCCGUCGUCCAAAAAAGAGAACAUGGAGAUAUAUCCUGACCCUUCUGGUGAUCCAACAAAGUUCUUUCAAAGGGAUGACAGCUUCCAAAGAGAUGCAUACCAGAUUGCGCUAUUUCUGGCAGUCCUAUAUUUUGUGGUACAGUUCUUGAGGACAACCUUGUAAGACCUGCCUCGCCUACGUUCCUCUAUUAAUCGUUGUCGAUCAAACCUGUGUUGUAUAGUGUGCCAAUCUGCCAAUGAUUAUUGCCUUAUAACCACAUAGAAAGUUAUGUCCCCCACCUUGGGUGCCUAAAUGUUUUUUGUUCCUUCAGUUCUGUUCCAAGAUACCUGCAGCUUGUCUUUAAUAUAUAUUGUAUUUAUUUUACACUCAA